AAGACAACUCCCACUCAGGAGAGCUACUUCUAGCCAAAUCGGAUCAAACUGGCCGUCAGUUGCUUCCCACCAUCGCAAAAUGCAUCUCCUCACUCUCAUCUUUGGGAUUGUGCUCCUCCCAAAAGCCUCCACCCUGAAAUGUUAUAAGUGUUUACCGGGAAGCGAGGGAACCUGCACGACCUCAGAAAAAGACUGUUCCUCACUGAGUUAUCAGUGUGGUGCAAGGAGAAUCAUUUCUUUUGCAGGUGGCUCAAAACUUGCUGAUAUCCACCUGAAAACUUGUCUUUUGCAUGAACAGUGUGUUGAAGGCUCAGUCAACUUUGGGAUUUCCAGAACAGUAAUAACCAGCAAGUGUUGCACGUCCAAUCUCUGCAACAUUGAAAAUGCCCCUGAGCCCACCAAAUCCAUUCCCAAUGGUAGAAAGUGCUAUCAUUGUGGUAGACUAACGUGCAAAGCAACUCUAAACUGCGAAGGUAGCGAGGACCACUGCAUCACAAAAACAGUGACUGUAAGGGGAGAAAAGACAAUCGUAAAGGGCUGUGCCUCCAGUCAGGUGUGUUCGACUGAGUAUAAUGCCCAGUUUAGACAAGCCAUUGGAGGAGAACUUAGCUGCUGUCAAGGGGACUACUGCAACAGCGCCAUCAGCACCCGUGCCGGCCUCCUGCUCCUGGUGGCACCGCUGGUCUCUUUGCUCAUGUUUUCUUAACUGGUAGAGUUUUUCUUCUUAUCUUCAAAUGGCUUCAUAGUGCUCACACCCUGUCCCUUAUCCUUUCAACGGCCAUGCGAGAAAGUGUAAAGCUUAAAAGAGUUCUAAAAAUUGUUUCAGAAACGUUUUAGUUCCCAUUUUUCUCCUGCCUCAUACUUUAGCUAACCUGCUUAUUUAAUUUUUUGCACGAUGUCUAAUAGCAGCUGACUUACACAGAAUAACAGCUCUCUGUUUGUUUUUUCUGAAGUAAAACAAGGAAAAACAUGUAAACUUGUAUCAACAUGUUUUUACAUGUUGGUACAAGUUUUGCUCUGAGUGCUAUUUUAAACCAUAAACAUGUGUUUAAUAGGAGUAGGAAGAGAAAUAUUUUUAAUAUUUUGAUUUUCUUCAUCAAAAGAAAAAGAAAAAUAUUUGUGUUGGAGUGUAUUUCUAUAUAUUCUUCCAUUCCAUUUCCUUAAGCCCUUGUCUCUAGUAAAUGUUAAAAAUUCAAAAACUUACUUCUGACAUUUGUGUCAAUUAUUGAGGAUACUUAGUUUAAAGUUUGUUCACUGAGUUUGCUGUUUACAGUGAGUUUAGUAGCAUACAAAGUGUUGUGCAUAUAAUUCAUGAUGAGCCACGUACUUAUCUGCUCCUGACAGGUGGCCAAAUUCGACUUGCGUAAACUUCUGUGUCAGUUAUCAGGUCAACCAGGAUGAAGUAAAUCACCAGCCAAAAAGUCAUUUAUGCUGUUUUAGACUGCAUCCCAUAUGCGGCAAAAUGUCACAGAAGGGCUUCAUUCAUAAAAACAUUCUUGGAUUCAUACCUGAACUUAGCCUUGGGUUUUUUAAAUAACCAGUUAUGUUUUCUGCUUAAGUCAUGCUUAAGAUAAAACAUGUUCAUAAAGUGACUAACAAAUUUAAAAUAGAGAGCUGAGAGUACUGGAAAUACAAGUAAAUUAACUCAAAAUUGUACUGAAGUACAGCAGCUGCUUGUGUAAAUUUACACUGAAGAACGCAAACAGCACUUUUGUUGUUGCUCCCAUUUUUUGGCAAGUUUAAUUGAAAUACUAAAUCUCUUUUGGUGUGGCAAACCAAUAUGCUGAUUAAACAACAUGCUUGCUGCACAGGUUAGCGCUCCCUAUCACGGAUUCCAACAAAUUUAUACUUAAGAUCAGAGAAAUAAUUCUUGUGUCUCAAAUCGUGUAAUUCAGCUCAUUAAAAAUGAGGGCAAAAUUAAAAGUGCCAUAAAAUAUUUUAGAAUGUCCUUAAUUUCGUCUCCUUCUAAUCACUUAUUGAAAAUUACUCACUGUUGAUGUCAGUUUAUAGAGUCUCAUCUGUUCAGCCACUCUCUAUCAAACACUGUGUUUUGUUUUGUUUUGUUUUGUUUAAGUUACUUAUAACUGGCAAGUGAGUUGAGGGACAUAUAAGAAACAGAGAUGAGCAGUGUACCCCUAUCUAGCGGACACAUUUGAUUAUUUUUUUCAUAAGUGUGCUUUUUAUUAAAUUUACAGCUUUAUGUUUUGCCAUUUGAUCAGUCAGAAGGGAAAACAUGAAUAAAAUUAGAAAUGAAGA